AUCAAUUUUCAAGUAACCUAAUAGUUGCUUGGGGAGGAGGGAGAGGGAGAGGGAGAGGGAGAGGGAGAGAUUUGGCUGGAUAUAUGCUGUAGAUGUUUUUGUAUUUCCACCUUUUGAUUGUUAGUUCUGUUGCCAUAACUGAUAAAUUUAUCCUGGGAUGAGUUUAUCCAAACCAUGAGUAGUAUCCAAAACUUUGCAAGUUAUAGUUGCAAUCAGUCAUGUUUAUGAUUUAAAUAUCUUUUCAGAGAUUAUGGAUAGUCAGCGUUGGAUUGCAGGGAUACUUUGACUGGCUGUUGAUAUCAUAAUCUUGGUGGAAGCUUGAAGCCUUGAAGUGACUUCAAGAAACAUGUAUUCACAUAAAUGGCAAGCUAUAGCAUGCAUGUUGCUACAAUUAUUCCAUAGCAGGAAGGCUGAUGGGGAAUUGUAGUGAAAUGAAGGACAUGAUUUUGGUAGUGCAUGAAAUCAAAAAACCACAGGACCGCUUUUUUGUGGCCACAUUUAAAUUUUUUUUAUUUACAAGUUUGAGAGUUGAAUACAUCUGUUUCAAGUUGUAAAUUUGAAGAAUUUGGUAAAGAAAGAUGACGAGGAAGAGAGAAGUAUGUUUAAACAGACGCCAUAAUGCUUUCUUUUGACCAACUCUUCUAUGUGAAUGUUCCUAACUAGGAAAAAGAUUUAGAAAUUCACACAGCAAAGGUUAUUAUACAAUGUCAAUUUAAAGAAAAACAAUACAAAAAGAUAUUGCAUAAAUGCAUGCGGCCCUUGCGCACGUGCAAUAAGGCCAAAAAAAAAAAAAAAAAUACAGUAAAAAGAAAAGAAAAAAUAACAAACUGCACGCGCAUAAGAGAGAACGAACAAUACGCACGCGCGAGCGCGGCCCUUAAGCUCCAGGUACUUCUUUAUUCAAUGGAUAAAGGAUAUUAUAAACUUACAUAUUUGAUUGCAUUAUUUUUAUUACAACCUUAGAGUUUGUGUAAUUUUUUUUAUUUGUAGGAAAGGUACGAGCUAGGCGCCCUCAACAAAAGAAAAAGUUCCAAAGAGACGAGGGCUUUAGGAGACGUGUUUCCAUGUUUUCAUCUGGUUGGCGGAUGGGACAAUCAGUAAAAAUUAACACCGCUUAUCUCAGUGAGCUGAUUUUGAAAGAGUGGAAGAAAAAGAAGCAUGCACAUUGGCGCUACAGAAACGCACGUACAGAGUUGAUGACACACGAUAUUGGUCACAUUAAACGAACUUGGAGAAAGGUUUUGCGCAUUAGGAGGCAAAAGCAUCGUGAACAAAACAGCUUUUUGGCUAAGUUCUACAUCAAGCGUUUUGAGGAUUUGAAACAUGAUAUUGAGAACUCUUCCAAUAAUUGGACCAAGGGUGUUGCAGUAAGGGAAUUAUCUAACUUCAUGUAUGGGCAACGAUUGUUGACAAAUGGAUGGCUCAGAUGGAGUUGAUUGGAGCAUGUGGACUUUAUUGAACACAUAUGUAUAUAGGCAUAUAUAGAAGUUUCUUUUUAAAAAGUAUGUUUCUAUUGUAAACAUUUGUAUAUAUAGUGCACAUUUUUGUAUGAAGUUUAAUGUUUUUUAAUUUUAUUUUUUACUAAUGAAUGGGUAAAGCCAAAUACCACUAUAGUAUAAUGUUUGCAUAUGAGAGAGUUAGGUAAUGUCCAACAUGGAAAUUAUAUUGCACUCUCGAGCGAAAUAUGACACAGGCAUAGUAAGAGAGGAAUUACAAUGUGCAUAUGCGGAAUGUAUUGUCCAAAACAAAACUCGCACGCGCGAGCGCGGCCCUUCUGCACGCGCAUAGCGCGUG